AUGCCUCCCCCUCCCUCCCAAGUUGUGUGUAUGGCACUGGCCUGCGUCUAUGGUAUGCCCCCUCCCCCCCCUCUACCCAGUUAUGUGCCUGGCUCAGCACUGCCUGCGUCUAUACCUGUCUCCAGCCAGGCAGCCAGCUCUCUCCUUCCUUGUUUAGUUGAGUUUUCUACCGCUAGUCCUCAUCCAACCAGUCCUCAUCCAACUAGUCCUCAUCCAACCAGUCCUCAUCCAACUAGUCCUCUUCCAACAAGACCUCAUCCAACUAGUCCUCAUCCAACCAGUCCUCAUCAAACUAGUCCUCAUCCAACCAGUCAUCAUCCAACAAGUCCUCAUCCAACCAUUCCUCAUCCAACCAGUCCUCAUCCAACCAGUCCUCAUCCAACCAGUCCUCAUCUCACGAGUCCUCAUCCAACCAGUCCUCAUCCAACCAGUCCUCAUCCAACAAGUCCUCAUCCAACAAGUCCUCAUCCAACUAGUCCUUAUCCAACCAGUCCUCAUCCAACCAGUCCUCAUCCAACAAGUCCUCAUCCAACUAGUCCUCAUCCUACUAGACCUUAUCCAACCAGUCAUCAUUCAAAAUCACUCUCCACUAAACCCAACUUUCUUUCUUUCCUCGCCGCCCAGUUUGGAUCUAGAUACAGUGAUAACCAGAAUAAAGCGGAUCUACUGAAUUAA